AUGGGCCUGAACGAUAUAAAAUUCCCCAAAUUUGACUUGUCGACCAAGAGAGGACACAGCAGCUCCUUAUCAGAAUCCAAGUCUUCGACAAUUUCCGACGUACGGGCACCUCGUGAGACUCCAAAAUGGAUGCGAAUUACCGGAGUGGAUAUUCACCUGGCCUCUAUCAAUGAGCAAGCAGCCGAACUUCUCAAGACAAAUAAACAUAUGCGCAUACAACUCAAUGAAGCUCAACGUCUACGCGCCUUGAAAGAGCGCUCACUGGAUCCCAGCGAGCGAGAGUGGAUUGACGGGACUCUCCAAGAUAUCGAGGACACAUCUCGUGAAGUGGCCAUUUUCCUAGAGCCCACUCGUGUUGAAACCGAAACUGGAGGUGGGAGAAUCAGUUUAGGGAGGCGGAUAAAAUGGGUCUAUCGCGACAACCAAAGAGCCCGAGAUAAGACCAAUCGACUUUUGGCCUGUAACACAAGUCUUAUUGCGGUCCUGACGCAUCUUCAGCGAGUUGAGGUUGGUGAGCGGCCCAUUUCAUACGAACUCCCAGCCAAUAUACCAGCAAAGUUUGCUAUAAAUAGCUCAGCCAGUCUCCAUGAGUCAAACAGUGGAAUGAGUUCCAGUGAAAUCAAUAAUUUGGAAAGAGUUUCAAAGUGGUCGCCGAGUACAAGAUCUUUGAACCACGAAAUGCAAGAUAUGUUAGCCUGGCAGCUUUCUAAAGGAGCACAUUUACAGUGA